AUGUACAUACAUCGUAAUUCAACUGACCUUGUUCUCUCCCUUUUUUGAACAGGGGGUUCUGUGGAGCUGCUCCUGAUGCUGUUGGGACUUGAGAUUCACUUCACUGCAUGCUGCCCCAUUGACUGUGUAUGUUACCCAUCACCUAUGACUGUCAGCUGCCAAGCCCACAACUUUGCAUCAAUUCCAGAGGGGAUACCAGAAAACAGCGAGAGGGUUUUCCUCCAGAACAACCAGAUCACAUUGCUUCUGCGAGGUCACUUUAGUCCAUCCAUGGUCACCUUGUGGAUCUAUUCCAACAACAUCACCUUCAUAGACCCAGACACUUUUGAUGGGUUUGUUAAUCUAGAAGAGCUGGAUUUGGGGGAUAAUCGCUAUUUAAGGGCUUUAGCAGCUGAGACCUUCCAAGGGCUGGUGAAGCUCCAUGCCUUGUACCUGUACAAAUGUGGGUUGAGCUCUUUACCCAGUGGGAUAUUUGGUGGCCUCCACAAUCUACAAUAUCUUUAUCUUCAAGAUAACCACAUAGAGUUCCUUCAGGAUGAUAUUUUUGUUGACCUGGUCAACCUCAGCCAUCUUUUUCUCCAUGGAAACAAGCUGUGGAGCCUUCAUCAGAACACAUUUAGGGGACUAAUAAACUUGGAUAGGUUACUCAUCCAUCAAAAUCAACUCCAGUGGGUCCACAGACGAGCUUUUCACGAUCUCCGAAGAUUGACCACCCUUUUCCUGUUCAAUAACAGCCUCUCUGAGCUCCAGGGGGAAUGCCUCGCCCACUUGGGAGCCCUGGAGUUUCUCAGGCUGAAUGGCAACCCUUGGAGCUGUGACUGCAAAUCCAGGUCACUCUGGGAUUGGUUGCGCAGAUUCAGAGGUUCAAGUUCCAGCGUGAUCUGUGAGUCUCCUGAGCAGAUGCAUGGCAAGGAUUUAAAGGUGCUAAAAGCAGAGGAUUACAGGAACUGUUCUGGGUCUGAGUCCCUCCAUCAGAUCAAAACACACACUUUCUCCACAGCAGACAGAGGAGCCUCCAAAGACCACCACCCACACCACUCCUCCAAGGAGACGGGUAAAGAGAGAGGGGUCGAGCACAGUUUACACAGCAGUCAACCAGCAGCACCUCCCGGUUCACGUCCAGGUUACAGAAAGCCCAGCAAGAACUGCACCAGCCACAAAAGCCGCAACCGAACCUCUAAGCCAGUGUCUCUGGGGCCACGGAAAAGCAUUCAUGAGGCUCAGGACUAUGUGCCUGACUACCAGCACAAAUUCAGCUUUGGCAUGAUGCCUACAGCACCACCCAAGCGGAAGGGUAAGUGCACCCGGCGGACACCCAUCAGACCCCCCAGUGGAGUACAGCAGGCAGCUGGGAGCUCGGUGAUCAGGGCCUCUCGUCUAGUUUUUAUAAUGGUUUUAGUGGUCAUAAUACGCUGA